AUGUGUUCGAACUUUGGCCACUCAAGAUCGUGGAUCCAACUUGUUCGUUCAUUUCCCCUGACCCCGUACGGGGAACUCGCUGUAUCUUCGGAAUACACAUCAUAUACGGUUGGGUGGGGCCCCAAUGAUCUCUCGCGUUAUCUAACAGCAACCUAG